GCUAAUUCGCCCACCAUACCAACGUUGCCAAAUGUACCCAAAUUAAGAUUUGUCAUCAAUUAAGCAAAGUGAGGUUAGACAUUAAAUUCUGUUUAUAACCUAUAGUUUUCUAUGGUUUUGUUCAGAGACAAGGUUUUGUUGGUUUUUGCUGGUUUUGUUGAUUUGUUUCGUAAGUAAUCGUGAGUCGUGAACUUCUUUAAAAAGAGUUGGAAUAUUCCAAUAAUACAAAAAUGUCAGUUAUGUGCUUUAUAUGUAAAAAAAUCUUUGCAAACCAGUCUUCCCACAAUAGACAUGUGAGAGAAGUUCACAAAAUUUAUCCAAAACCGUCGUCCUAUGGAGAAGGUAGCAGAUGGUGCAAUUGUUGUUUGGAAGAAAAUUGUGGUAAUACUUUUAAAAAUAGGAAACAGUUAAUUUGCCAUCUAGAAGAAAAUCAUUCCAUACAGUUUGAAAAAUAUUAUUCUGUCAAGGCUAGUGUGAAUGAAUUUAAAAAUUGGAAAAAUGAUAUAGAAAAAGUAAAUGACUGUUAUUAUGUUCUAAAAAGUAAGGCAGCAAGCACUAUUGGGGAAGUUUUAUACUACAACUGUAACAGGAGUAAAACAAGUUAUAGUACAAAAGAUGAAGCACAGAUGAAGCGACUGCAAAAAUGUCAAGGUUCAUGUAAAAUGACCCACUCAUGCACCAGUUCUAUUAAAGUAACAAGUGAAAACGGAAAAUAUCACAUUGAAUGGCAGAAAACGCAUUAUGGUCAUGAUUUUGAACAAAAACACAUAAGACUGCCAAAGCCUGAAAGACACUGUAUUGCAUCCAAACUUAUUUCUGGAGUUACUACACAAAGAAUUUUGGAAAGUACACGAGAUAAAAUUGGAGAUCCUCUGAAGCGCAUAGACCUCUUAACAGCCAAAGAUAUCAGAAAUAUUAAAAGUAGUUUUAAUAUUGAGUCAAGAGAUGGGAAAAAACAUCCUAAUGAUGCAUUUUCUGUCGAUCUUUGGGUCCAAGAGUGCAUGUCUGGAGAAGAAAAUCCAAUUCUGUUAUACAAACCACAGGGUCAGGAUCACAGUUUAUUAGCAAAUAAUGAUUUCUGUAUAAUUCUAAUGAAUAAAUUCCAAAGGCAAAUGAUCCAAAGCUUUCCCAAUAUCAUAGCUGUAGAUAGUACCCAUGGGCUUAAUGGAUAUGAUUUUGAAAUGACAUCAAUCAUGGUGAUUGAUGAAUUUCACCAUGGGUUCCCAAUAGCUGAAAUGUUUUCAAAUCGGAAAGACAUCGUCAUUCAGAACAUUUUUUUUACCUCAGUUAGAGAAUCAGCAGGUAUAUAUAUAUACAUAUAUAUAUAUUUAAACGUAGUGUUUCACGGAUGGAGAAAUGUGAAGAAGUAUUGAUCUGGGAAUAGACCCGUUCGUUUGUUAAAUUCCGAUUGGAAUCUUGCAGACGUUUUACCAAGGUCUCAUUUGGCAUUAUAAAUGCCUUGGGUUUGUUGUCUUGUGGUAAACUGUUUUAAUCAAAAUUUAACAAAUGAACGGAUGUAUUCCCGGAUCAAUAGAUCUUCAUAUAUAUUUAUAUAUUUAAACUGGUUUCAGGAACUGUCAACUGCAAAAUAUUCAUGUCAGACAUGGAAGAAACAUUUUUUAAUGCAUGGCUUAACACAAUGGGAGGAAAUGCAGAACAUUUGUUUUGCUCAUGGCAUGUAGAUCGAGCGUGGCAGUCCAACUUGACAAAAAUAAAUAAUAAGGAGAAACGUGCAGAUACAUAUAAAAUUUUGAAAACCUUGCAGCAACAUACGUCUGAAGAUGUUUUCUUUACAUCACUACAAAAUGCAAUAAGCUAUUUGCUAAGUGACACUGAAACUAAACGCUUUGGAGAGUACUUCAAAAAUACAUACAGCCACAAUAUUAAAAAAUGGGCCUACUGUUUUAGACAAAAUUCCUCAAUAAAUACUAAUAUGCAUUUGGAAUCAAUGCAUAAAACAAUUAAGUACUUCUAUCUAGAGAGAAAAACUGUGAAACGCUUAGAUAGAGGACUUCAUGCAGUGAUUAAAUAUGUAAGAGAUAAAAGUGUUGAAAGAAUAAUACGGCUAACAAAAGGUGAGCAUACGAAAAGGACAUGACAAUUCACACAACAUCAUAAACAAGCAGUACAGAAGUCCCUUAGUUAUAAUGUUAUAAACAAUGGUUCUACAUGGAUAAUUCAGAAGAAUGAAAAUAAGUCAUAUAUUGUUAAUCAGUUAUUAGAUGAAAAAUGCUGUAGAGAAAUUUGUGUAUUGUGUAACAUAUGUAGGCACAUGUACUCAUGUGACUGUCCAUUUUACAAAGAGAGGAAAAUUAUUUGUAAACACAUACAUAUAUUGGUAUUAAAAGCAAACAUUUGUGGUCACUUGGUUAGCCCUAAAAGUUUUACUGAAAGCAUGUCAGUGUCUGAAAGCUUAGCCGCUAUAUCAAGGGAAAAUUUUAACAAAGAGAAGAAUAUUGAAAAAAUAAAAAAUAUACUCGCAGUUUUAGAUAACUGUAAUUAUGAGAAACUUGAUGACUCAGUAAUUAGUCAAAUACAUCAAAAUUUGUUAGUUGUCAACAAUUUAACUACCUGCCCUAGCCUACUCACCAAUGACAAUAAAUUUGAAUGUCAAAAAAACACAAACAAAAGGAUUAUCAACCCUCAACUAAGAUUUGUUUCUACAAGACAGCAACGUGUUUCCACCAAUACUAGUUUGAAAAGGGCUACUGUAAAUGAAGUAAAAGAGUUACAAGAGAAUUUGAGGCAUGCUCCAGGAGAACCUUUUAUUGUGCACAGUACAUCCGCGCUAAAU